UGGGCGUGAGACACUGGGGCAGUGUAGAGAGAGGUGGGAGAGAGCGAGAAUUGAGUUUUUUUUUCUCUCUGGGUGGGUCACUCAUAAUAAAACGCACUUGGAGGCAAGGGAAGAACGCGAAGGAGAAGCGGUCAUCAUAACGUGGAGCAGCAGUGUACACAUUUCUCCACAGGGGGAAGAAAAGAACCCAGGAAGUGAGUGAAAGAGACGCUGAAAAACUCGAAGGAACACAGCCCAAGUUCGAUUGUGCGGUCUGAUUUUGAGUUGAGGGUGGCAAAAGGCCGGAUUAAAGUGAAGAAUCCACAGUGAGAAAAGAUGCCGAGGGUAGUUCCGGACCAGAGGAGCAAGUUUGAGAAUGAGGAGUUUUUCCGCAAGUUGAGCAGGGAGUGUGAGAUUAAAUAUACCGGCUUUAGAGACCGACCUCAUGAGGAAAGACAAGCCCGCUUCCAGAACGCCUGCAGGGAUGGACGGUCAGAAGUAGCCUUUGUAGCCACAGGCACCAACCUCUCCCUCCAGUUCUUUCCAGCCAACUUGCAUGGAGAUCAGAGACAGGUUCCUACCAGGGAGUAUGUUGACUUUGAGAGAGAGACAGGAAAGGUCCAUUUAAAGGCGCCAAUGAUCUUGAAUGGGGUGUGUGUGAUAUGGAGAGGUUGGAUCGACUUACAGAGGCUGGAUGGGAUGGGAUUCCUGGAAUAUGAUGAUGAGAGAGCACAGCAUGAGGACGCUCUGGCCCAGGCAGCCUUUGAAGAGGCUCGACGCAGAACCAGAGACUUUGAAGAGCGAGAGCGAUCACACAGAGAGGACCUCGAGGACCCUGUGGUUUCUAAAAUCUGGGACUGAUGACAGACAGACAGCCAGCAGGAAACAACAGGUCCAGAAGACAGCAGGACCCCAGCCCUGGCUCAAACAUGGCCAACACUGAUGUGGACCACAAGAUGCGCUGACGAAGAUGAACAGUAAAGGAAAGAAGGGAAGAGGAAGAGAGAAGAGCUUUUAUCCUUUCACUUGCAAUACAAUCAGCUGGAAAGACGUGUUGAAUUUCAUCAUCACUUACAAUUGCAGUAUCUUAAAAACAUAAUAUACUUUAUCAAGGUAUUGGAAUCUGGGUCUUUGAUUGAAUUGAAAAGGAACUGUAUCAGAUUUUUUUUUUUUAAUUAGAGAACAGAUUUUGUUUAUUGAAAGUUUUGUAUGGAGUCAUACAAAAUGUUGUCUCUGGUUUCAUAUGUGUGGAACAACACACUGAUUUUAGUAAGUUGUUGACAAGAACAAAGGCAAAAAUGAGACGUGCAACAAUAGAAUGAAUAGCCAGGGCUUCCUAAAACAGUGAUGGUCUGUUAACUCCAAAUGCCGAAACCUGAUGUUUUCUGAGACCAAAGUUGACCUUGCUGGACAGAAAAGGAGGAGGAAAUGGAAAAGGAGGUCGAAAUGCCAAAAGAGAAAUUGUGUGUGCUUAUUUUAUUGUUUCUCCAAACACCAAUGGGUCAUGCGUUAUGUAGCGACAACCAAUCAAGACAAGGAAAAUAGAAUAGGGUAUUGAGGGGGGGCCUUUAAGACAUGCCAUUCAAGGGUGUUUUGCACUAUGUGGUACAAUCAGUCACGUUCACAUGGAUUAUACAGUACAGUAUGAUUAUUCGCAUUAAACAAACAGAGGGCUACCUAUGUAUUGGUUGGCUGUGUCACGGCAACCUGGAAUAUGCUCUUCACAGAGCUUGGAUGAGAAAUAAUUGACAGAGUCAAAGUCACGUUACAUCAUUGUCUAGCUUUAAAUUCCCCUAUUUGUGUGUUACUUUGAAUCUUGCAGGUAUUCGUCACCAUUUAAAGAUUGUAAGAGUGUGGAAAACUAUUUCUUUUUACGGCACUAGCGUGAUGACAUUUGUUACAUAAUUAUGACAUGUAUCUUGUUUUUUUGUGUGUGAAAGUCAUGAUGUUUACUUUUUAUAUUCCCACUGCUUUAUAUAGUCAUUUUUGUUCAUCUCUUUUGCUUUGAUUGUAACUAGUUGUAGUGUUUCAUGUGAAUCGGGUCGAGUUGGAAUUUACGAAAUACCAAAAAGUUUUGUUGCAUAUAUCUGCAUUUCUUUGUUCGUGUAUUUUAUUGUGUGCUCUGAAUGUGGAUUAUCCAAAGCUCUGUCAUGAGGUGUCAUAAAUAUUUUAUACAUUUUAACCA